AUGGCAUCCGCUUUUCACAGAUGCCAGCAUUGUGGCUACGAGACAGACCUCUCGAACAAUCUGGCAGCCUUUGAAGAGAACCCUCAUUGCAGACAGUGCGGACUAUCGGCCUCGGAGAGCGACAUCAAGAUGCAGGACGACCUGAUCAACAUGAUGACACGCAAUCUGCAUCUCGAUCCCUUCCAGUCUCCACAGGACAUGUCGAUGCCUCCGACCCCUCAAGUCGUCCCGCAGUCGGCGCCGAUCGCCUAUAUUACACAGCACUAUCAUCACUCGGCACACCAGGCACCACAUGAUCUUCCUGUCUCGACGAUCCUCGAACGAUCUGGCAUCAACGCCUCGGCGUUGUUUCCAUCUCAAUUGCAGUUGUUCAAGAAUGCAGAGCCUGAACAAAGGCUGAGGUUGGUAGAACUUUGGCAAAUCGCCCCUCCAACGUACGGCAGUCAGAUGCACCCUGACGAUUUGGCAAAUUGGCCACAGACAAGCAUGGAAAAGGAAGAAGAAGCCGCCAAGUAUCGGUUGCAGAUGGUGGAGCAAGAAAGAUUGAAGAAUCUAUGUGCUUUGCCCGCUGGUGAGAUGAGGCACACUGCCGAGCCGUACAUAUUGCAUGGCUAUGAGGCACAGCAAAGCACCAACGGUGUCACAGCUUCAACGGAACUUGGCCCUAUUAUGAUGAAGGAGGAUAGCUACAAGCAAUCGAAGGACCCUGCAUACAACAGCAGAGAGUGGUGGCAUCUGUCCGACGACGAACCUAUGGAACAUCAAUACGGUAUGCUCCAGCAGAUGUAUGGGUAUGGGAUCGACUAUUCUGCUGGUAGACGCAGUGAUGGAGAUUCAGAAAUGUCUUGA